ACAAAAAUAGAGCACAGCAUGCUAGUGCCCGUCGGAAACCUCCUACGCCUCCGCUUGGGGCACAUGGUACGUUGCGCCCCUUGGGCGCCUCGAGAAGCCCUGCGGCGACCCCUCGAGUCUUCCUGUUCCCAGGGUCUCCCCUGCUACUCCAGCGGCGGCACCCCCAGCGGCUUUGGGCCCCAAGACGCGCCAGCAGGGAAGGUUCACAGGGUCCCGGCAGAGCACAAACCUUCGCAAUUCGACAAGAAAAUCCUGCUGUGGACCGGGCGUUUCAAAGCGAUGGAGGAGAUCCCGCCUCGAGUCCCGCCAGAAAUGAUAGAUGCUGCAAGGAACAGAGCUCGAGUGAAAGCUUGUUACAUAAUGAUGGGACUCACAAUCAUUGCCUGCUUUUUGGUGAUAGCAUCAGCCAAAAGGGCUGCAGAACGACAUGAAUCUUUAACAAGUUGGAACCUGGCAAAGAAAGCUAAGUGGCGUGAAGAAGCUGCCCUGGCCGCACAGGCAAAGGCUAAAUAAUAUUCUAAGUGACAAGAGUGUACAUUAGGGUAUCAUCGCUACUAUCAGCAACAAUGAGAGAUAGGUGACAGAAUAAUUAGCAACAUAUUUACCAUGGUUUUACUUUAGGGACAAGAAGUAUAGUCUUUAUUUUUAAGUAAACUUCUAUUGAAAUAUAACUUACAUUCAGCAAAGUGCACAAAAAUGUAUAUACAGCUUGAUUUUUCCACAGUGAACACACCUAUUGAAACACUACAUAGAUCAAGAUAUAGAACAUCCAUUAACAACACCUCAAAGAUCUAUUUUCUGCUUUGUCACUGUCCUCCAAAGAUAAACACUGUUCAGAGUUUUAUUACAGAGACCUGUUUUAUCACCUAGUUUUGCCCAUUUUAAAAGCCUAACUUUAUAUUAAUUACACACUAUACCUGUGUGGAUUCUUAUUCUCAACAUUAUGUGGUGAGUUUCUUGUACUAACUAUGUGUGUCAUGAGUUCAUUUAUUUGAAUUGCAUUGUAGUAUGUAACAAUUGAUGUCAUUUCAGUUGUCCAGUUUGGGCUACUAUAGAUAAUGUUAAAAUGAGCACUCUGUGCAUGCCAUUGAAGUGAGGUUGAACUUAAUUCCCACAACUUUUUAAAAAUUUAAACUCAUUUCAACCAAAAUUCUACGAUAUCUGGUAAUUGGUAGUCCCUCUUAAGUUACUCUUUUCAUAGUUUACUACUAGGUGAAUCACUUUUGAAAAAUUUUAUAAACCCAAGAACUAACGAUUUUA